AAUAAAAUCUGGUUACCAUGCAAACACGUUCUAAAAAAUCUACUCUCAAUUCCAAAAUCCACUGCUUUAAUUCGGAGUAACAAAUACCGCCAUUGCCGCCGGCAACUCUCCGGCGAGUUCUAUCUUCGCCGGUAAUUCUCCGAUUAUCUUUUUCCCCUCUCAGCGCGUCAUAUCAAUUCCAUGUUUUCCAUUCCUUUCCCCAUCAAUUUGCUGUUCUAAUUCUCAGAUCAGAAACGACAAGCUUGCCUUUUCACAAUUAUUUUAGGUUUAUGUCUUUUUCAUCACCGAGCUGAAUGUACUCAAUUUUUGCGUGCUUCAAUUCCCACUUGUAAUUAUACUGCUUCAAUAAUUUCAACAACAACAAAAAAGUGAUAAGAAAAAAAAAAUGAAAUUAGCUUUUUCCAAAUUUCCAAAUCUACUACAACUGACACUGACUCAACUUGAGAGUGUUUAAUUGAAGAUAUUUUCUCACCCGAAAUUUUGUUUUUCAUGCUUUUGUUGUUUCUCCAAUUCAAAUGGUAAUGUGAAUGUUUUGUUUUGUGAUGAUUACAAAUAACUGAUCUGAAAUUUUGGAUUGAUUGAGAUUCUGUUGCCACUUUGACUUGGCCAAGAAGGGUUGAUAAAAUGGUUUGGUUUUCCAGUAAACUGUUAUUGGGGCAUGAAAAAUGUGAAAGCUACCUUAUUUUUAGUGGAGAAACUGAUCUUGGGAAUACUUUUCGGAUUUUUUUAUAUUUUCUUGGCCUUGCUUAUUGUUUCAUUGGAUUAUCGGCUAUAACCGGUCGCUUCUUUAAAUCGAUGGAAAACGUGGUCAAGCACACAAGGGAAGUAGUGGUGAUAGAUCCAGUUACUAAAACUGAAAUCAUUAAACAUGAAAAAGUUUGGAAUUAUACAAUUGCAGAUAUUAGCCUGUUGGCCUUUGGAACCAGUUUUCCUCAGAUAUCAUUAGCUACUAUUGAUGCUAUACAAAAUUUGGGGAAUCGGUAUGCUGGAGGUUUGGGACCUGGAACACUCGUUGGUUCUGCUGCAUUUGACCUCUUCCCCAUCCACGCCGUUUGUGUAGUAAUUCCAAAAGCAGGAGAGUUGAAAAAGAUUGCUGAUCUAGGUGUAUGGAUAGUGGAGCUAUUUUGGUCAUUUUGGGCUUACUUUUGGUUAUACAUAAUUUUGGAGGUAUGGACUCCAAACGUGAUAACUCUAUGGGAGGCCUUGUUUACAGUACUUCAGUACGGAUUACUGUUGAUUCAUGCUUAUGCUCAAGAUAAACGUUGGCCCUAUAUUUCUCUACCUAUUGCAAGAGAUGAGAGGCCAGAGGAUUGGGUACCGGAAGAGACUCCUAAACAAGAGUCCCAUGACAAAGUGGAGUGCUCUGAGAUAAUUCAUUUUAAUGAAGAGAACAGUGACACUGUUGAUAUUUUUUCCAUUCAUUCAGAAAACCACAGAGAUAGAUUGUAUGUAAGAGUACCUCAAAUAGAUGAUGCAGAAAAUUCUGAUAGAGAUAUGGAAGCAAGGCCUGAGGAUACCUGCUUGCUUACAAUUUGGAGACGACAAUUUGUCGAUGCACUGACGGUGGAGAGCCAAGAAUCUAAAAAGAUGAACAAUAUCUAUAUCCGCAUAGCUCGGAUUUUCUGGCAGUUGUUGCUUUUACCAUGGAGAUUUCUGUUUGCUUUUGUUCCCCCAUGCCAUAUUGCUCAUGGAUGGAUUUCUUUCAUUUGCUCUCUGCUUUUCAUCAGUGGAAUAGCUUACAUUGUGACUAAGAUAACAGAUCUUAUAAGCUGUGUCACAGGAAUAAAUGCUUAUGUCAUAGCAUUUACAGCACUAGCUAGUGGAACCUCAUGGCCCGAUUUAGUGGCGAGCAAGAUUGCUGCUGAACGUCAAAAAACAGCAGACUCUGCUAUUGCAAACAUCACUUGCAGCAAUUCAGUGAAUAUAUAUGUUGGCAUUGGUGUUCCAUGGCUUAUUGAUACUUUGUACAACUUCAUAGCAUAUAGAGAACCUCUCCGAAUCCAAGAUGCAGGGGGACUUAGCUUUUCAUUGAUUGUUUUCUUCUCCACUUCAGUUGGAUGUAUCUCAGUUUUGGUUGUUAGGCGCCUAGUUUUUGGUGCAGAGCUUGGAGGACCAAGGCUUUGGGCAUGGAUUACCUGUGCUUUUUUCAUGUUGCUGUGGAUUAUUUUUGUCGUACUAUCUUCACUUAAGGUUUCAGGAUUCAUUUAGAAUUGUAUUACACAGAUCCUUAUCCUUUGCUCAUUAUUGCAUUAUGUAUUUAUGUUUCCCGGGUGCCCUCUACAGUAAUCAUUACUCUUCCUUCUUCCUUCAUGUACUGUCAUACCGCUUCCUUAGCUUUUUGAAUUUUUUUCCUUUUAUUUUGAUGUAGAUAUUACAUACCCAUAUAGACAUAUAUAUUUUUGUUGGAGUUUUUCUUUUAAAGGAAUUAUACACUUAACUUAUGGUGCA